UACUGAGAAUCAUGUGCAAAACUGAAGUGAGAGAGAGAGUGGAGCAGGCGAGGGGAAGAGAGCGAGAGAGAGAGACCGAGUGAGACAGAGUGUGAGAGUCGCUCCUGCCCUCUGUCUUUACACACUGCUGCCUGUGUGUGCGCGUCGUCUCUCCCUGCCUGCACUCUCUCACACACACACACUCACGCAGACGCACGCUCACACAGACCGAGGGAGAGAGCGGAUAGAGCGAGCAAGAGAGAGAGGAGGGAGAACACAUCGCAGCAAGAUGCAGCAGGAGGUUUUCCGAGGUUUUGGGGGCCGGUCAUGGUGUCCUGGCUGGAGGUGUCGGACCCCCUCCACGCAGGCCUCUUCCUGCCGCGCCUGAACAAGCAGCGCCUGCCCGCCGGGCCUGCCCUCUUCUGUGACGUCAACCUCAUCGCCACCAGCAACGCCAAGUUCGCUGCCUGCAGCCAGUACUUCCGCCAGCUGCUGCUGUCGACGUCUUCCCUACUGCCUACGACUCCUGUAUUAGACUGACGCCAUCCGCCAUCCGCCAUCUACCCCCUCUUCCGGGCUCAUCCAGGGGGCUGAGCUGGACCUGGAGCUGCCUAACCUCCUGUCCAGUGUGCUAUCCAACCUGCUCGACUUCAUCUACUCCUCCCGCGUCGCCCGCUAGGGCUCCAAGGGGACCAGGCGUCUGUCGGAGGCGGGCCUCAGCCUCGGGGUGCCCAUCUUGACCCACCUGGUUGAGGAAGAAGAGGAGGAGGAACCAGGGCAGAUGAAGGGUAAAAGCAGGCAGGGCCGAGGAGGGGAGGCCAUGAUGGAGGGGCUGAUGAAUGACGAGGCAGACGGCCCCGAGAACGCUAAGAUCACCCUCAGCUUCCCCCUCAGCGCUGCCCUGCCCGCUGCCCUCACCGUUCACAACCACCGCUCCUCCUCAGCCACAUCCUACCCCUGCCGCCGACACCCCUCCUCAGCCACCAAGGGGUCCAACGAGGGGUCAGCGUGGAAACUGGAUGCCACCACCACGGACAAACGGCCGCCCUUUAAGCCCCCCCAGCGGGACAGCUCCCCGUCCUCUUCCUCCGCCUCCUCUUCCCCUUCCUCUCCCAUGGAUCUUACCGAAAAGGACAUCAAAUCUCCCCCGCCUCUUUUCAAAGCAGGUCUGGACUCCCAGUUCCACAGGUUCCCCCCCAGGUCCUCCAAUGGGCCUAUAGGGUGUUACCCAGGGGAGGGUCACAGACUGACCAAUGGCACGGCCUCACCCUCAAAGACUGCACAGAUCCUGUUCAACCUGAGCACUGUGGCUUAUCGGGGCCAGGGGGGGCGGGGCACAGAAAGAAAGGAGAAAACAGGAAAAAAAGGAGGGAGGGUGGGCAGCCCCCAAGUUGGAACAAACCUACACCCGCCCACCCUCCACCUUUCUCCACCUCCUCUUCCUCACCCCUCCUCCUCUUUCACUCUUCCUCCUCACUCCUCCUCCACCCUCCCAGAUGGCCCCAAGCCGGAGCUGAUAUGUGGGGUGUGCCACCGCCUCUUCAGCUCCGCCUCGUCUCUCACGGCCCACAUGCGGCUGCACCGUGGCGGCCGGGCCCUCAGCUGUCAGCACUGUGGCAAAGCCUUCAUCCAUAACAAAAGACUACAGUCCCACGAGGCCUCCUGCACGCACUUUCUGAGCCCGGCCCUCCCAUCUAACAUCCCCCUUCUCCCCAUCCUUCCGAAAGAGGAGCCCCUGGAGGAGGGGGAGGUUAGGGUGGAGGGAGGACAGAUUCUGGGGGCAAGUGAGGAGGAUAUGAAGCCUGGCAAAGGGAAAAAAGGGCGAGGUCUCCUGGUUCGGCACGAAGGCGACGUGUCAGAGCUGGUGGGGGACGAGGACCACUUCGUCAAGGUGGUGGACGGCCACGUCAUCUACUUCUGCUCGGUGUGCGAGCGCUCCUACAUGACCCUGUCCAGCCUCAAGCGUCACUCCAACGUGCACUCAUGGCGCCGCAAGUACCCCUGCCACUUCUGCGACAAGGUGUUCGCCCUGGCUGAGUACCGCACCAAGCAUGAGGUGUGGCACACGGGCGAGCGCCGCUACCAAUGCAUCUUCUGCUGGGAGGCCUUCGCCACCUACUACAACCUGAAGACCCACCAGAAGGCUUUCCAUGGCAUCAGCCCGGACCUCAUUUCCAGCGAAAAGACAGCCAAUGGUGGUUACAAGCAGAAGGUCAACGCCCUCAAGUUCUACCGCCUGCUCCCCAUGCGUUCCCAGAAGAGGCCCUACAAGACCUACAGCGACUCCCUGGCCAACGGCCUGCUGCUGCCCCCGUCUGACCUCUCUGCCGUCCCCCUGCCUCAGCCCCUGGACUGCAGCCUGCCUGACUCCCUGGACCCCAGUGGCCUUCACAGCCUCAUCAGUUGCUCUCUACCCAAGGGUGUGAAGCCUGACCCUGACGAGAUCCCUGCCGGCUUCCCCCUCACAGUGGGCCUUGAGCAGGGAGAGAUCCCCACACUGCACCACUCUCUAACAGGCAUGGCCUUAGGGAGAGUAGCUGACAGAGAGGCAGAGUCAGAGCAUGUAGGUAGCUGUGGCAGCAGCUCCAAGGCAUCCGUUCGUAACAAAGUCAAAACUCCCAAGGUCAGCGGUAGCCCAGAGUUGGGUUUGUCCUCUGUCAUUACAUACGGCCACUCAAAGCCUUCCGUCAUAGUGCACGGCACAGCGGCGUCAUCCGUCAUUGUCCAUAGCAACCAGGUCACCUCUGGGGCCGGGAAAAGCCCCCUGAGCAGCCCCUCCCCUGAAGCUAGCAACAGCCAGACACUCCCCAAGGUCAGUGCAAAGCCUGUUAAAAUUCACAGGGAAAGUACGGAGAGCCAUAGGAAGAGAGCUAAAUUAGUGGACAGUUCAGGCGCCACAGAGGAGUCGGAGAGGAGAUCAGAAACAGGUAGGUCCCAUCAUAAGUCCCGCAAGGGGCACAGCAAGAGUGACAGCUCCUCAGCCAAACAGUCGUCCACAGGGACAGAGGGCAAAGGGGCUGGGCCGCUGUGCCAGAUCACGGUGCGGAUAGGCGAGGAGGCCAUGGUCAAACGCAGCAUCUCCGAAACUGACCUCAAGAGGGACAGGAGCCCCGCUCCUUCCAGAACCAAAAGGACGGAAUCCUCCCCACAGGACGCCAAGGAACCUCGCCACUCCCACCACCACCAUCAUCACCACAAACACCGCUCCCAUCGCAGCUCUAGCAUCGAAGCUGAGGGGGAGAGAGGAGGAGAUGGGGAGAGAGAAAAUGGAGAGGGGGACAGCCGGAAGAAAAGCCCCAAAGCCCCGGGCAAGGUCAGAGAGUACUACUUCCGCCAGGAGGUGCGCAAGCAGUGGGAGAGUGAGGACGAUGAGGACAACCUCUGGAGGCCCUACUACUCAUACAAGCCCAAGAGGAAGGCCCCUCAUGCCCACAAAGCAAAGAACUGGCAACGCAAACUCCGCUACAAACGCUCCCUCCGGCUGAUGAGGAGGGCAGAGAGACUCAUGGACCAUGUGAACAAGGAGGCGGAGGACCAAGAGGAAGAGGAUGGAAAGAUGGAUGAGGUGGAGCAGGGUGAGGGGGAGGUGAAAGAUCACAUGGAGGAGGGAGAGGUACCUGAAUCCCUCAGUACUUCCUCUAUACCUUCAAAAGAGAAGGACAAAGAGGGGGAGGAAGAAAUCGGGGAAGCCCACCUUAAGCCCACUGAUCCUCCCCUGGUCUCUCCCCAGCCCCCAUUGUCUACCUCAGUCUCCCCUAUGGACACAAAACGCCGGCCCUGGUCCGAUGGGAGUGCGUCGGAGUGCGAUACAUGCGGCCGCUGGUUCUCCAGUUCCAGGAAGCGGGAUAAACACGAGCUUUGCCACUUGCUAGAGUUUGUGUGCCUCCUCUGUAGGGCCCCCUUCCCUUCCAGAGACCAGCUAGAGGACCACCAGAGAGCCCAACACCCCAAAGCCCCCGACCCCUCUUCUGUGCCAUCCCGAGCAGGGUCUCAGUCACGAGAUGAGGGCAUGGAGACGGAGAUUGAGUUAACAGAGGUAGACAGGGCAAGAGAGAGGCUUAUACUAGGGAAGGGAAGUCCAAGUCGCCUAAGCAGGAGGUCGUUGGCGAGACACACCUGUCCGCAGUGCCAUAAGGUGUGCAAGACAUCCUCAGCGCUAAACCGCCACGUUAGGCGCCACGAGUUAAGCAGCUCCCCGGAAAGAGAAAGGGAGGAGACGCAGACAGAGCCAAAAGCAGCAGCAGAGACAACAGUUAGCACUGUUAGCAAAGACGUAGAUACCAUGAGUGACCAUGUUCCCGGUGUUCAGUCUGUCCCAGUUAUCAGCUACCCUAUCCCAGAGCCACAGCAUAGUAGCGAGGGCAUAGAGCCGCUGCAGUGCGCGAGCCAGCCUAGCGAAGUGAAAGCAAAGCACCAAACUCCAACACUGUGCAGCGACCCUGAACACAAAGAACUUAAUGAACUCACAACUCCCAUUCCUGACAGAGAGCCCAGUCCACAGAUUAUUCAGCCCCCUCCAGAGAUCCCCAUGGCCGCUAUCCCCACAGCCGACCGGCCCACACCAUCUCCCUCCUUCUGUUGCUCCUCGGCCCUCCAGGGCGUGCUGGUCAUGAGCAGCGGAGCUGAAUGUUUGGACUACCGGACCCCCAGGAAGAGGAGUCUGGAGGGGCAGGACCACAGGAGGACCAGCCCUGCACCUGUCACAGGAACACCCACCGCUUCUCCAAAUAUGCCCCCGACCUUGCAGAUGAGAAUCAGCCAUACUGCUGCUCCUCCGUCCGUUGCCAUGACAACAGUGCCCCUCCAAGGGGUCUGUGGCGUGAAACAGGAGAGGGAUAUUGUUGGAAAAGGACUGAGGCAGGGAUGUGGGAUGGGCCUCCUCCAUCAUGCUGGUUUUAAGGACUCACCAGUGGCCCAAGAUCUCAGGGUCCCGCCCUUGUCCAGGAGCCCCAGUCCCAACCAAGCACAAGACCUGACCAUGUCCUCGAUUCUAGCCAGGGAGAGGGAGGUGGAGAGGGAAAGGCAGAGAGAAUGGGAGAGGGAGAUGAAGAGAGAGCUGGAAAGGGAACAGGAUAUGGAGAGAGAGUUGGAAAGGGGGAGGCAGAGGGAAAGGGAUAUGGACAGAGAGCUGGGAAGGAGGAAGCAGAGGGAGAGGGAGAUGGACAGAGAGCUGGGAAGGGAGAGGCAGAGAGAAAGGGUGAUGGAGAGGGCUCAGCAGUCUAGGGGAGCAUCACUACACGAGCAGACCAGAGACAUGGAGGGGACCCUCCUGGUACCCAAAGAGGAGCCAAUUAGUCCCGCACCGUCCCCGAUACACACACCCAUUCAAACUACUAUUAACAGCCCACCCUUGCAGAGGCGGCCCUCCAAGUCCCCUCGCCGCUCCCCCACUGCCAUGGACCUGCUGAUGCAGGCCAACCGACAGGCUGCCCAGUCCCUGCAUGGCACACAGGGCCUUGAGAGGUUUCAGUUGCCCACUGGGUCGGUUAGUUGCAGCGACCGCCCCUCGGCCCAUGCCCUGCUGCUCCCCCGGGCCCCCCCGCCAUCUGAGGAAGAGGCCCUGGACCACUCCCCAGCGCCAUCCAGAGACCCUCAUAGAGGGGAGGUCACCACCAGGGGAUACCCUAUGCAGGACUACCCCCUGCCCCUCAUCGUCCAGGGCGGCUACCGCUCUGGCAAGAAGCAGGAGGACAACCUGCUCAUGUCCUACCCGACGGGGCCUCUUGCCUUCGGGCCGCUGGGGAAGAUGGUGCCUACCGGGGAUCUUGCCAAACUGCCGUUCUACCCCGACCCCUACCACCUGCUCUACGGGCCGCAGCUGCUGGCCUACCCCUACAACCUGGCCACCUUGCCCAUGGCUCUAAACAUGAUGGCCCCCGGGGGGGACAAGGUGGAGCCGCUGCCCUUCCUUCCCGCCCUCUUCAACUACGCUGCUGCAGCUGGUCCCUACGCUGGCAUGGCACCACACCACCUAGUGGGCAACCCCAGCCUCUACAACAGCAGCGGCGGCAGCAGCAAGAAACAGCGGGACAACAGCAACGGAAAGUUGUAGAAGGUGUAUAAAGAAACAACAUCUGAGGAAUAUUUCAAAGCGGACGACCAGUCUGGAGAAGGAAGGGUGGCAUCGGCUCCUUUGUUCUGAGUACACUUGCACAGUCCCCUGCCUCUCUUUUGUAAAGUUGCGAUCAGAGCCUAAGCGUUGAAUCAGGAGAAGGGAUGAUGGGAAGAGGGGGAGUGAAGGAAAGGGGAGGAGAAACGAAAUGACAGAUCCCCCUUUCCUCUGGCUGUCCCCAUUCACCUCUGGUUUCUGUUCUCAUGUCUUUCUGUAGUAAUAGUUCUAGAGAUUAAUUGUCCUCUCCAACUUAUGACAAUAUCUAUAAUAUAAGAAUAACAACAGCUAACAGGGUGUGUUUUGCGGAAAAUUUGUUUUCGGUCUACUUCCCUUUCUGUUGACCACAUAAUAAUGAUCAUAAAUAAAGGAGAGGCUUGUGUUUUAGGGACGGAAGGCAAAAAGGACAUCAUUCAACACAGUGGGAGUCAGAGCGUUAAAUGACACUGUGUGAGUGAGUGUGUGGUGUGAGAUUGCUUUAGUUUAUGUGAGCAUGUACAUGCACAGUAUGUAGAAAUGUUUGUGCACGCUGAGGUGGGCUUCUGUUUGUUUGGCGUGUGUGUGUGGAUUUGUGUGAGUGGCUGUGUGGCUGCAGUCUGCCAUCUCAGUGCUGAUCAUUCCAUGGGGCUCUGAGGUGUUAGCAGCAUUCUAACACUAGAUGGACUAGGCAUUAUAGGUCAGUGCAUAGAAGCAUUAGAAGGAAUUCCUCUAUUCCAGUUCACAAAGUAGCAACUCUAGCUAACCGUUUGGCUGGAGUAGAUUCUGUAUUUGCGUCAAUUACCGAUCUUGUGAGCUUAUGUUGCCUCCACUAACCUAAGACGAUAGUGGCCAGAUGACUUUCAGUCCGGGUCUGCUUAGAGGUUCUUAUUAGUUUUUACCUUGUGCAUAACAGCUGGAAAACAUUCCUAGAAAAGGGGGGGAGACUUGACCCUUGCUGAUAUGUACAUGUACUGUAGCUGGCCACUGGGUGACAAUCAUAGGCUAGUGUAGCCCAUACACUUCCAGUUCUCCUUGUACUCAUCUCAUUUCUUCCAAGGAUUGAAAAUAAUCAAACAAGAAUCAGUCAACCUUUUUAUUCUUGUGGCCUUUUUGCUCCCCCUGAUGCCCCCUGGUGUCCACCAAAGACCCACUCCAUUUACUAGGCCGUGUUGAAGAGAGGGGGAGUGUACAAGGGAAUACAUAGAGGUGGAAUCAGGGCAGGGCAAUUCCUGUGAUAUCCUAAGAGAGAGAGCGAUUAAAAGAGAAACACAGAGGCCAGGGCGCACCUAGGUCAGUACCCUCAACAGAGCUUCUUGAUGUAAAAUCAAAACAACCCCUCCCCCUUAUCACUGAAAAUAAAUAGAAAAGGACAACGAGAAUCGAGUCGGAAGACGCAGGAAGAUCACGCCACACUGAGGUCUGCUUGUCUCAAACAGCUUUUUGUGUUCCAAUGGCUCCUCUCCUCCCUCCUUCUGCGCUCUGGGGUAGAGAAGCGAGGGGUGACGUAAUUGUCUCCCACAGAGCUGGUGUUGAAGGGCCGGGCUUAGCAGCAUCCAUUGUGCCGCUCUGAGUUUCCCAAAAUCCUGUGGGACUUUUUCUGUUCUGAGUCUUUCUCUGUGUGAUUUAUGUGUUACACUACGUCGUUUGUUUUGUUUAACUUUUUCUACCCCCUUUAGCUAGCUAGACAGAAGUGGAUUCAGCAAAAGGGGGUUUGAGUACACUUAUAAAUAUGAAUGUAAUUUUAGUCAAGAGGUUAUUGAAGUACAAAAUGCAUUAAAGGUAGAUGGAUUUAAGUUUUUCUGACUUGAAAAAUAACAUGUGUAAAGAGCCGUUAUGAAGUCUGGUAUGCAUAUUUACUGUACAUCCCUAGGAACUGUAUCCACAAAAGCAUGAGCAACACUCGCUUCCUAACAGUUUAUAUCCUCCUAGGUAUCCAAAAUCUCUCACUUUUUCUUCCCCAUAACUUUGUUUCUUUUUUCUUCCUCAUCCUGUUCUCAGUUCUCAAGCUCUGUUUUGUCUUGGUGGUAUUUGUUCCGGAGUAUAACCCCUUCAAAAAGAGCAGCUGCCACGUUUAUUUCUCAGAAUCAGUAUGGGAGCUGUCCAAUUAUCCCCCUUCCUCCCCAAACACACACACACUUUACACCGCCUCUUUGAAGUGUGUAAUAUGUAUGUGUGCGUGAUGACACCGCUGCGCUGUUAGUUUCGGGCAGGAGGACGAAAACACAGCGUGACCAACCACAGCGGCUUGUGGCCUCCACAUGGGUGUGGUUACAAGCCGUGUUUUGUGCGUCUCUGUGUGUGCGUCUCUGUGUGUGUGUGUAUGUCUGUAUGUGUGUGUGUCUGUAUGUGUGCGUGUCUGUGAAAAAAGGAAAACCAAAACAAAUCUGCUUCUAUGCAGCAUAUCCCUCGGGGUAUAGGGACCUCCUGUAUUUUUUUGUUGCCUUUUUCAGUGGUUUUGUUCCAGAGCCCCGCUCCCUACCCAGCUGUAAAGACUCUCCAUACUAUACCUAUCUGAGGCCAUUUCACUAGAUGGACAUAUUUGUGUUUUGUAAAAAAACAUUUCUUAUGCCAUAGUUUUGCCAUCAUGGCAAUCAAUCAUUGACCAAACGCCUGCAAAUAGACAUAAAGAGUGAAUUCUGGUGAUGAUAUACACAUUUACGGUAUGUUUAGUAAGUUCAAAUGAAUUGUGCCUCCACUUUGAUAUAUUUAAACGUAGCUGUAUUGAAAUGGUGAGGAUCUUCCAGAUUUCAGACAAGGUGCCUUUUUAUGGCAUAAGAAAUGUAAAUGGUAUAUGGCUGAAUUGAUCAAAAUGGCAAAUAACUUGAAGAAAAAUCAUGUGGUUUAGUGUGUUAUGAAGCUGGUCAUAGUUCUAGGGGUGUGGCUAAACUGUUUGGUAUUGUGUAUGUUUAGGUAAAUACUGUGCCAUAGUUUUUAGAGUCCACAAAUACGUUAUCGUUUUUCUUUCUUCUUCAGAUAUAUAAAAUGUUUUAAUGUUGCCUGAUAACGUUGUCUCUGGAUUUGAUACAAAGGCUUGUAGCCACAGCUCUCCCAAAGUCCCUUGUUUUUGUUUUCUUCCAUGGUUCUUCUCCUCUUUCCCCACUUUCUCCCCUCUCCCCCUUUUUCUCCUCGCUACAAUCAAACAAAUAAAGUAUUAACCUGAUGACCCAACAGA